UUCUUCUCUUCUUCACAACUAUAAAUUCCCAAUUCUAUUGGUAUUACAUUAAUAUAUGAAAAAGAUGUCGUUUCGACACAUUUUUGUUGUUAUGUUGGUCGUUUUCAUCUUGUUCAUGAAUGUGGAAGGAAGAUAUCAUUAUCACAAGAACCAAAAGAAAGGAGGCUCUUCUUCUUCUCCUUCUCCAUCAGCUACACCAGCUAAUUCUUCAAGUGUUCCUUCUGACCCGGUUUCAGCUCCAACUGACCCGGGUGAUGAUGAUACAGACUCAUCAUCAUCAUCAUGUGUUUUCAAUGUGAAGGAUUAUGGUGCCAUUGGAGAUGGUUCUACUGAUGACACAGCUGCUUUUGUGGCUGCUUGGAAGGAAGCUUGUGCAGUUGAGUCAGGCACUGUUUUGGUACCCUCUGGCUGCACUUUCAUGAUCACUUCCACAAUUUUCUCUGGACCUUGCAAACCAGGACUUGUCUUUCAAGUGGAUGGGGUGUUAACACCACCUGCAGGACCAGAUUGUUGGCCAAAGAAAGAUAGCAACAAGCAAUGGAUAGUAUUCUAUAAGCUUGAUAAUAUGAGUUUGACUGGAAGCGGUACCAUUGACGGCAAUGGGCAAGACUGGUGGGAGCUCCCCUGCAAGCCUCACCGGGGUCCCAAUGGCUCAACUUUGCCUGGCCCAUGUGACAGCCCUACAUUAAUUCGGUUCUUUAUGAGCUCAAAUUUGGCAUUGAGGGGACUAAGGAUCCAAAACAGUCCAAUGUUCCAUGUGAAAUUUGACGGAUGUGAAGGGGUACUCAUUGAUAAAGUCUCCAUUUCAUCUCCUAAACUCAGCCCUAACACCGACGGAAUCCAUAUUGAGAACACUAAAUCUGUUGGCAUCUACAAUUCCAUGAUAGCCAACGGAGAUGAUUGCAUCUCAAUUGGCCCAGGUUGCGUAAACGUCGAUAUAGAGGGUGUGACUUGUGGGCCUAGUCAUGGGAUCAGCAUUGGAAGCCUAGGGGUACACAACUCACAAGCAUGUGUUUCUAACAUCACCGUAAAGAACGUAAUCAUACACGACUCAGACAACGGGGUAAGGAUCAAGACGUGGCAGGGCGGGGCUGGGUCGGUAACAGGGAUAGCUUUUGAGAACAUCCAGAUGGAAAACGUGAGGAACUGCGCUAUCAUAGACCAGUACUACUGCGCUAAUAAGAACUGUGUAAACCAGACCUCGGCCGUGUAUGUUAGAGACAUAAGUUUUAGGAACAUAAAAGGGACAUACGACGUUCGUAGCCCUCCGAUACAUUUUGCUUGCAGCGACACGGUUGCUUGCACCAACAUAACAAUGUCCGAGGUUGAGCUGUUGCCGUUUGAAGGGGUAUUGGUGGACGAUCCGUUUUGUUGGAAUGCUUAUGGGGUACAAGAGACUCUCACCAUACCUCCAAUUGAUUGUUUACAAGAUGGUAUGCCGCAAUCCGUAUCAGAUAAAUUCGUAUACGGAUGCAGCGGCGCCUGAAUUUCUUCAUCAUUCUGGGGAUUUUAAUUAGCUUAGACCUGCUCAUCUAUAGAGUUAAAUACUGUAUAGAACCAAAUAAUAAUUAUAGUAAUAGUAAUGCUGUGUGAAUCUAGCUAGCUUGUUAAUUAGGUCCCGCCCAUCCUUUUAAGGUGUUUGUUUGUUAGCCUUAUUGCGAGAUGAGGUUAGGUAUCGAUUUUCCCUACCAUUAUAUUCCAGCUCUCUUAAUUAAGAUCUAUAUCUAUAUAAAUAUAUUAUCAUUAUUGUAUCUC